AUGCGGGCUAAAGUGAGCAUAAAGCGCUCCAGCGUCUUUACAUUACUUACGGGGGUUAUUUUUGGAUUCAGUUUUGCUUAUAUACUUUUUUAUACUUCCAAUAAUUAUAUUACAUGGACUUUACCAGUAGAAAAUUUUAAAUCUUAUUUGCAACAAAUUCCACUUUCGAGAGAUGAUGGUUCGUCGAAUGAUGUUGUCGCCAAUCACGUCGGUCACGAAACAGAAAAUUAUUUGGCAAAACAAUUAUCGGAAAAAGUUAAACUUCUUUGUUGGAUUAUGACACAACCGGCUUCCCAUGAGAAAAAAGCUAAACACGUUAAAAAUACAUGGGGUAGAAGAUGUAAUUAUUUAAUUUUUAUGAGCACUGAAGCAGAUUAUAGGCUUCCUGCGGUUAGGCUUAAGGUGAAAGAAGGUCGAAAUGCCCUUUGGGCAAAAACGAAGGAAGCUUUCAAGUAUGUUUAUCAGCACUACAUGGAUCGGGUGGACUGGGUGCUAAAGGCUGAUGAUGAUACGUAUGUUAUAGUCGAAAAUUUAAGGCUCGUCCUUUCCCAGCACAAUUCAUCUGAAAAAUUAUAUAUGGGAUGUCGUUUCAAACCGUAUACGAAAAAUGGGUACAUGAGCGGCGGAGCCGGUUAUGUACUCAGUAAAGAAGCCGUCAAAGCUUUCGUGGAAGAAGCUUUACCAAGUUCAAAAUGUCGGCAAGAUGGGGAAGGUGCCGAAGAUGUCGAAAUAGGUAAAUGUUUGGAAGCCGUUGGAGUUUCUGCGAUAGACACAAGAGAUUCCUAUGGUCGACACAGGUUUUUGCCUUUACCACCGGUUUAUUAUUUAGUACCCAAAGCAUUACCCAAAACAAAUUGGUUUUGGCAAUACACUUAUUAUCCCAUGAAAGAAGGUUUCGAAUGUUGUUCCGACACAUCGGUAUCGUUUCAUUACAUAAGUCCGAAUGAAAUGUACCUUUUGGAAUACCUUAUUUAUCACAUAAGACCUUACGGAAUAAGUCAAAAUAUUAUUUCACCUUCACCUUCAAAAGAGUCGUUUUACCCUUCUCAAACUUCAUCGUAUAAUAAACUUACAUCGACAGGAACAAAUGAUAGAUCAACAGAAUUUUCUAAAAGGACUAGUCCACCGAGUGAUAUUGAAUCGAAUUUAGUCUGA